AUGUCCUCUCCUCCGCAGGCCGGGGUGAUGAAGCCAAAAAUCGAUCCCAAACUAGACGCGUUUUUCCAGAGCUUGAGAAAGAAAGUAAAGAUCGGAGUUGUGGGAGGAUCGGAUUAUCACAAAAUCGCACAGCAGCUGGGAGAGGGGGAUGAAGAGGGGGGAUUUAGUGAUUACGUCUUUGCUGAGAACGGGACAGUGCAGUAUAAGGACAGGAAGCUCCUCUCCAAACAGGCGAUUCAGGACCAGUUGGGGGAGGAGCUGCUUCAGGACCUCAUUAACUUCUGCCUGAGUUACAUGGCUCUGCUGAAACUGCCCAAGAAGAGGGGCACUUUUAUCGAAUUCCGGAAUGGAAUGCUGAACAUCUCCCCGAUUGGUCGGAGCUGCACCUUCGAAGAGCGAAUUGAAUUCUCAUUAAUUGACAAGAAAGAGAAAAUUCGAGAGAAAUUUGUCGCCGCCCUGCGGGAGGAAUUCGCUGGGAAAGGGCUGUGUUUCACCAGGGGAGGACUGAUUAGCUUUGAUAUCUUCCCAGAAGGGUGGGAUAAAAGAUACUGCCUUGAUAUCCUGGAAACAGAAGGACUGGAGAGCAUUUAUUUCUUUGGAAACGAGACUUCACCGGGAGGGAACGACUAUGAGAUUUUCAGCGACCCUCGUACAGUCGGUUUCACGGUCAGCUCCCCAGAAGACACAGUCCGGCUUUGUCAGGAACUUUUUGGGGUGCAGUCGUGAUAUUCGGGGUCCACACUGCAGUUCUGGCUUUUGGCCAUCAGGGGGCGGUAGCUGACAUCCACAUGUAUUAUGCAAAUGAAAAAUGUAUGUUGCUGUUUAUGACAAUUACUGUGUGGGUGGGAGGUGUAGUCUCUCUGAUCCCUCCUGCCCCAGUGCACCCUGGGAGUUGUAGUCUCUCUGAUCCCUCCUGCCCCAGUGCACCCUGGGAGGUGUAGUCUCUCUGAUCCCUCCUGCCCCAGUGCACCCUGGGAGUUGUAGUCUCUCUGAUCCCUCCUGCCCCAGUGCUCUCUGGGAGGUGUAGUCUCUCUGAUCCCUCCUGCCCCAGUGCUCUCUGGGAGUUGUAGUCUCUCUGAUCCCUCCUGCCCCAGUGCACUCUGGGAGGUGUAGUCUCUCUGAUCCC